AUAGUAUUAAAAAUAAUAACAAACGACUCGUUUAUAUACACACAACAUCGAAAAGCGCCUCGCUAGUUAGGGUCUUCAUUUCAGUUGACGAAAAUGGCUGAUUCUCCUCGCAAAAGGUAUGCUCUGUCUCCUUCUCCUCGGGAUGGAAAGUUGAGAUCGAGGUCAAGGUCAGAAUCUAGAUCCCCAUCUAGAUCAUGGUCGAGGCCUAGUGACAGGUCGAGGUCAAGAUCGAGAUCGAGGUCACGGAAUCGUGGCAGGAGUGAUGCUAUUAAUCCUGGGGACACACUGUACGUUACUGGCCUAUCUAUGAGGGUCACUGAAAGAGACCUUGAAGAUCAUUUCUCAAAGGAAGGAAAGGUGAAAUCUGUAUUUUUGGUUGUGGAACCUCGUUCUCGAGUCUCUCGUGGUUUUGCUUUUAUAACAAUGGAUUCUGCUGAGGAUGCAAAUCGAUGUGUCAAGCACCUUAAUCAAUCAGUUCUUGAAGGACGAUACAUUACUGUGGAGAAGUCCAGGAGGAAACGCGCAAGGACUCCUACACCGGGUCACUAUCUUGGGCUCAAGAACAGUAGGGGUGAUGGGUAUCGUGGUAACUCUGGUGGGUAUCGAAGAGUUUCUAGCCGUGAUGACUAUGGGUAUCGGAGGUCUCCUAUGCGCUCCCCCUACAGAGGUGAACACGAUUACUCUCCUAGGCGCUCCACCUACAGAGAUGAACGUGAUUACUCUCCUAGGCGCCUCCCUUAUAGAGGUGAACGCGAUUACUCUCCUAGGCGCCUCCCUUAUAGAGGUGAACGCGAUUACUCUCCUAGGCCUUCACCUUAUGGCCGAAGGUCAAGAAGUGACAGAUAAAGGUCAUAUUCCCUCGAUGCAGUCAAUGAAAUUAUGCAAAAUGUUCUAUGUAAGACAUGAUAUUGGAUUUUAACAAUCUCUAUUUGAAAGGAUAAAGACUCGUAUGUAGACUUGUAUGAUCAUGUUGUGAUUUGGACUAAACUGGUGGGGCUUCUCUAUUGGUAUGAUAUUAUGUAUCAGUUCACAUUCAUGAAAGUUUAUGAGUAGAUUGGUUUACUGAUUUGAGUA